AUGGAGAGAAGCUUGAGCCAAUUUGGAGCGUCGUCCGCAUCCAAAAUCACGUCGUCAUCGUCAUCUUCCUCUUGCGCGGUACGAGCGGCGGCGGCAAAUUCGAGAGCGCAACGGAUCAGCAAAGGAACGACGAAAACAACGACGAGAACAACGCGAACCGGUUUAGGGGCGGUGGUAAAGAUGAUGGCGACGACGGAAACAGAUCGAAUGACCAUCAAAACACACCACUACGAUCAAUUAUCCAAAGAAGAGCAAAAGCUCUUACUGAAGCGACCGCGGGUGGAUUUUACCUCCAUCGCAUCUAUCGUGGACCCAAUCGUGAAUAAAGUGAGAGACGAAGGCGAUUCCGCGGUUUUAGAGUUCACGGAAAAGUUCGAUAAAGUCAGGCCUUCGCCCUUGGUGGAGAAGAUUGAAAACUUUCCGCAACCGUCGUUGGACCCUACCGUGAAAGAAGCGUUCGACGUGGCGUUUGAGAACAUCAAGAAGUUUCACGAGGCGCAGUUGAACACGGGAGAGGUGGACGUGACGACUAUGCCUGGCGUGAGAUGUCGAAGAGUGGCGAGACCAAUCGGGUCGGUUGGUUUGUACGUUCCAGGAGGGACCGCGGUGUUGCCGUCGACGGCGCUCAUGUUAGCCGUGCCGGCGAUGAUUGCGAAGUGUCCGAUUGUGGUUUUAGCCACGCCGCCGUUGAAAGACGGGACGAUUUGCCCGGAAGUUUUAUACUGCGCGAAAAAGUCAGGCGUCACGCACAUUUUGAAAGCCGGAGGCGCGCAAGCUGUGGCAGCCAUGGGAUACGGCACGGAGACGUGUCCGAAAGUGGACAAGAUUUUUGGCCCGGGGAACCAAUUCGUCACCGCGGCGAAGAUGAAUUUGCAAAACUCCGACGCGAUGUGCGCGAUCGAUAUGCCGGCGGGACCGUCCGAAGUGUUAGUCGUCGCGGAUAAAGAUGCAAAUCCGAGCCACGUGGCGGCGGAUUUGUUAUCGCAAGCCGAACACGGCCCGGAUUCGCAAGUCAUUUUGGUCGUCACGCCGGAUGUAAACGUCGAACGCAUCGUCGAAGAAGUUCGAGUGCAAGCGAACAAGCUCCCGCGAGCAGACAUCACGGAAAAAGCGUUGAGCCACUCUUACUGCGUCGUCGUGAAAGACAUGGACGAAGUCGUCAAGUUUUCCAACGCGUACGCGCCGGAACAUUUAAUCGUCAACGUCGAAGACCCGGAAAGUUUACUCCCGUCCUUGGACAACGCCGGAAGCAUCUUCAUGGGAAGAUACACCCCAGAAUCCGUCGGCGAUUACGCCUCUGGAACCAACCACGUCUUACCCACCUACGGGUUCAGUCGCAUGUACUCUGGCGUCUCCUUAGACUCGUUCAUUAAAUACAUGACCGUCCAAGAGUUGACGAAGGAAGGCAUCGAAAAUUUAGGCCCUCACGUGGCGAAGAUGGCCGAGGUCGAAGGCUUGGACGCGCACAGAUUAGCGGUGACGCUGAGAUUAGGCAUAGAGUAA